AAUGAGUUUUUAAAUAAUUUAAUCGUCGAAUCACGAGCCCUCGGAGUGCGUUCACCAUCGUGUUGCAGGAUCAAAAUCCUCUGGCCAGUGUGCAUUCGGAGAGCGUAGGAGGUGCUUGUACAGCAAGUUUCGAGUUUUGGCGCGAAUUUUUCACGAAAUUAUUUACGUAGAGUGAACUUAAAGUGUUUUGUGUUAAAUACGUUGAUUUCUUUAGUCGAAUCAGAAAAUGUCCGCUCAAGAUGCGGAACCAGCCGAAAAAUAUGAGACGGCCAAUGGCGUGGCAAGCGCUUGCGGCAGCACCGUAAAACUGCGACGAGAACUGGGCCUGUUCUCCGCAGUCAAUCUCAUCCUGGGCGUGAUGAUCGGCUCCGGAAUCUUCGUAUCACCCGCCUCAGCGUUAGAAUAUUCAGGAUCUGUAGCGAUGUGCCUGAUCAUAUGGACUGUGUCGGGCAUCAUAUCCUUACUAGGAGCGCUCUCGUUUGCUGAACUUGGUACAGUUGUAGGCAAAUCAGGCGCUGAAUAUGCAUAUUUUCAGGAAGCGUUUGGUAAAAUACACAAAUUUUGGGGCCCCCUGCCAUCGUUUUCAUGCGCAUGGAUCUACGUAGUAAUAUUGCGGCCGGCGGAAGUCGCAAUAGUCGUAAUGACAUUCGCCGAAUACGCGAUACAGCCAUUUACGCCAGACUUACAAGCGGAUUAUAAAGAUAAGGCGAUAAAAUUGACUUCCUUAGCAGCAUUGUUUAUAAUGACCUACAUAAAUAUAACGAGCGUAAAACUGUUUGUCAAAGUACAAAACAUAUUCGGCGUGUGCAAAGUAUUCGCCUGUUUGAUUGUCAUUGGAGGAGGAAUUUACGAGAUCGCAAAAGGCAACACUGAGAACCUUGACAAAGGCUUUGAAGGUAGUACGACAAGCCCUGGCGGCAUAGCGCUUGCCCUGUACUCGGGUCUAUGGGCUUACGAUGGAUGGAACAGCGUCACCGUUGUCACUGAGGAGAUCAUUAAUCCGGGAGUAAACGUGCCACUCAGCAUUUCCAUCGCCGUGCCUCUAAUCACGGCGUUGUAUGUGUUCAUGAACGUAGCUUACAUGACGGUGCUGAGCUACGCGGAGAUGACGUCCGUGCCUGCGGUGGCUGUGGCGUUCGGUACGCGCGUCCUCGGGCCCGCCAGCUUCCUCAUACCCCUUGGUGUUGCAAUAGCGACGUUCGGUUGCGCCAUGAGUGUGCAGUUCGGUGUUACUAGAGUAUGCUACACAGCGGCGCGUAGUGGUCACAUGCUCGAAGUGUUCUCAUACGUUAACUUAAAGAGACUAACGCCCGCACCAGCUGUUGCAUUCCAAGCAUUUUUAACCUCAAUAUUCAUAUCAGUGGGUAACAUCAAGACACUGAUAGAGUUUGCGAGUUGGUUCCUCUGGUUUUUCUACGGCCUCGCUAUGGUAGCAUUAUUAGUCCUAAGGAAGACACAAGCGGACAAGCCGCGACCCUACAGAGUUCCAACGCCAAUCCCCUGCUUUGUAUUGCUAGUCGCAAUAUUUUUAUCUAUAUUGCCAAUCGUACACGAUCCGUCCAUUAAAUAUUUAAUGGCAGUGGGUUUCAUCGUAUUGGGAUUUAUAGUUUACACAAUAUUUGUGUAUUACAAGAAAACGCCCACUACGUUGUUACGAAAAUUCACGUUCAUAACACAGGUUUUAUUCGAAAGCGUUCCGCCCAGCAAAGAACAAGACUGAUUUUAUACUAACUAUAACAUAAUUGUAAAUAUAACACAAAGAAACAAAUAUAAAUUUAUUAUGGAUCUUACCUA